CAUUCUUAUCAACAGUUGCAUUACAAUAGUGGUCGAAGACUCUGCAAAAGUUAUAUUGAUUGAUUUAAAUUAAAAUGUUAAUAUUAAUAGCAUUAAUUGUGAUUAUAUAUAUUUGGUUAAAAGAACAUUAUUCAUAUUGGGAGAAACGUAAUGUGCCUCACGAAAAACCAACAUAUUUUUUUGGUAAUAUGAAGGGUAUAGGACGGGAAUACCAUUGGAAAGAUAUACAUCAACGUAUAUAUAAUAAGUUUAAAAAUGUGACUCCCGUGGCCGGAUUUUAUACAUUUUUUACGAGAGCUGCCACGAUUUACGAUCUGGAUUUGAUUAAACUUAUACUGAUUAAAGAUUUCACAAGUUUUAGUGCCAAGAAUUUGUUCCACAAUGAACGUGAUGAUCCCUUAACGGGCAAUCUAUUCUUUUUGGAUGGUGAAAAGUGGCGGGUAUUGAGACAUAAGCUGUCCCCGGUUUUCACCACAGGCAAAAUGAAAUUUAUGUUUCCUACAGUGAUUAAAGUGGGAGAAAAAUUACCCUUAGCUUGUGAGAAAUUUCUAGUAGAAUGUGAGGGCAUAAUCGAGGCCAAAGAUUUAUGUGCUCGCUAUACCACCGAUGUUAUAGGAACUUGUGCUUUUGGUAUUGAAUGCAAUAGUUUAGAAGAUCCUCAAGCAGAAUUCAGACAAAUGGGUAGAUUAAUGUUUGAGAAACCACGUCACAAGGGUCUGAUGCAGUCAUUUAUGUUUACCAAUCCCUCAUUGUCCAGGAAACUGAGAAUGAAAAAUUUUCGCGAUGAUGUUAGUGAUUUCUUUAUGAAGGUGGUUAAAGAGACUGUGGACUAUAGAGAAAAGAAUCAAGUCAAACGUAAUGAUUUUUUGGAUAUGCUAAUAGAAAUGAAGGAGCAACGCAAUGAAUUAAUUAAAAACGGUCAAAAAGUAGAUGAAAAUGAUUUGACAAGUGGUCUGAAUAUGGAACAAUUGGCUGCACAGGUUGUGGUAUUUUAUAUAGCCGGUUUUGAUACCUCAUCUACCACCAUGUCUUUCUGUUUAUAUGAACUGGCUCUUAACCAGGAGAUACAAAACAAACUGAGGAAAGAAAUUUCGGAAGUUUUGGUUCAACAUGAUAAUGAAUUAACCUAUGAAAGUCUCAAGGAAAUGAAAUACUUAGAUAUGGUAGUAUCAGAAACUUUGCGCAAAUACUCGGUUGUUCCUCAUAUUAUACGCACCUGUACGAAAGAUUUUCCAGUACCCAAUAGCAAUAUAGUAUUGGAAAAAGGUUUACGCAUUAUUAUACCUUUGGAUAGCAUACAAAAUGAUCCGGAUUAUUUUCCAGAACCAGAAAAAUUUAAACCAGAACGUUUCCUACCCGACGAAGUAGAAAAGCGACAUCCUUGUUCUUACAUACCUUUUGCCGAUGGACCACGCAUUUGUAUUGGUAUGCGUUUUGGUAAAAUGCAAAUAAAAAUUGGUUUAGUGUCUCUCUUGACAAAAUUUCGUUUCGAUAAAUGUGAAAAGACACAGAUACCUCUACGUAUUUCUAAGCUAAAUUUUCUAAUUGGCUCCGAAAGUGGCAUACACUUAAAAGUCGAAAAGUUAUAAGUGGAGUUUAAAAAAACCCCCAUUUUAAAAAGUUAAGUCAUAAAUAUUUCAUAAAAAAAUACCUAAUUUUUGGAAAUUCAUUUAAUUUUUAAUGUAAUGUAUAGAUAUGCAUUUUGAAUACUGAUCAUUUAAAGCUUUAAGUACUUAUUGUUCUCAAUAAAAAUGAAUCAACGUAUUUUAUUUUCAGACAUUA